AUGAUGCGUUUCUGCGCCCGUGCUGGAAUUCUUCUCGGUGCUCCCAGCGCCGCCCGCCGACAUUUGACUAUUGUCGACGAGUUAAAGGCGGCUGUUAUGGCGCGUCACGAGGCUGAUGCUCCAAAGAUGAAGAUAUUGAAGGAAAAAUACAAGAGUGAAAAGCUAAGCGAUGCAACCAUCGAUGCUGCUUACGGUGGCAUGCGUGGAAUCACUGGUCUGGUCUACGAGUCAUCAAUGCUCGACAAGGAGCAGGGCAUUUGUUUUCGUGGCAUGACGAUUCCCGAGUGCUGCGAGAAGAUCCCAAAGUCGUGGAAAGGAGGCUCCUCGCCGCUUCCUGAGGGAAUGUUAUGGCUUCUAAUGACAGGCUCUAUCCCCACCGAUAAGCAGGUGAAGGAAUUGCACACUGAAUUGCAUCGCCGCGCCGACAAUGAGGCGAUUACCGCAGCCACGAAGACGAUUGCCUCACUCCCGGAAAACACCCAUCCGAUGACGCAGCUGUCUACGGGUGUGCUUGCCCUUCAGGCCUUCUCCAAAUUUGCACCUGCCUACGCAAGUGGAAAGGCCAUCAAGUCGAACUUCUGGGAGUAUGCCCUGGAAGACAGCUUGGAUAUUAUUGCCCGCACUCCUUAUCUGGCGGCCGCGAUUUACAACCGCCUCACAACUGGCAGGGCAGCGGUGCUGAAUCCCGCCAACCCUGAUCUGGAUUGGGCGGCCAAUUUUACAAACAUGCUUGGCUACCAGGAUGAAAAAUUCUGGGACUGUAUGCGCCUGUACCUUUCCCUCCAUGCCGACCACGAGGGUGGCAACGUGUCUGCACACGCAACAACUCUAGUUGCUUCGGCGCUGAGUGAUCCGUACCUUUCUUUUUCUGCGGGUCUCAAUGGUUUGGCGGGUCCACUGCACGGCUUGGCGAAUCAGGAGUCUCUUUCCUACCUAUUCGAGAUGCGCGACAAGUGCAAGGCGGCUGGAGUGAAUAUGAAAGAUCGUAAAGAACUGGCCGCGGGCCUCGAAAAACUCACAUGGGAGCGUCUGAACGCUAAGCGUGUGAUACCCGGCUAUGGUCAUGCUGUGCUGCGCAUUCCGGACCCUCGCUAUAUGUGUCUGCGUGAGUACUGCCUGAAGCACUUCCCCGAUGACGAACUCUUCUUUCUUGUCGACACUAUAUAUUCUAUCAUGCCAGACAUUCUGAAAAAACACGGAAAGACGAAAAAUCCCUUCCCGAACGUGGACGCCCACUCCGGGAUGUUGCUUCAGCACUUUGGCCUCACAGAGCAGAAUUUUUACACCGUUCUGUUUGGUAUUUCGCGUCAGUUGGGUGCACUUACCGGCGUUGUAUGGGACCGGCUGCAGGGCCGCCCCAUUGAACGCCCGAAGUCCAUCACAUCGGACGCACUCUUCAAAAAGUUUAAAAUUGAGUAG